UCUAAAUAUUUCGGGGAAUUUUUCACAUGCGGAAUUUAUUUUUCACUGUGGAAAAAUUCGCCGAUUUUAAAUGCUCAGGGAGAAGGUUUUUUUGCGAAUAGGAAUUUUUCACUUUCGAAAUCAGCUGUUUAUGACAAUUAUCUCAUUAUUUGCAAAUUUAAACUUGGCAAACUUUUGCAAAUUUGAAGCUUAAACACUAAAAAUGAAUAGCCUAGCGUUAAAUUUUCUAGUUGAAGAAAUUAUGCAAGAAGAGGAGCAGUGUAAAAAUGCGCAAAGGGUUUUCAGGAGGAAACUACGAGACAUAACGAACCCAUUUGAGCUGCCCGAAUCUUUGGUAAAUAAGUCGGCUUUUAGCUAUUUACUAAAAGUCCUAACAAAGUACACACCGAGACGGAAGAAGCAGUUUGCUGUGGCACCGAUUGUCAAACUUAGCGCAUGUUUGCGCUUUUUUGCAGAGGGUGGUUACCAGACGGGUGUAGGUAAAGACCACGAUGUUGGACUAGCACAAUCUAGUUUCAGCAAAGUACUAACUGAAGUGCUGGAUGUAUUUGGCACAUACCUAUGCCCACAAUGGGUACAAUUUCCAACAACGCAGGAAGAAAAGCGGAAAAUUGCUAUUUCGUUUUAUGGAAAACAUAAAAUACCAGGCGUUGUCGGAUGUGUGGAUGGGACUCAUGUCCGUAUUAUCGCACCGUCGGAAAACAAGCACCUUUACUAUAACAGGAAAGGUUAUUUCAGUUUAAAUGUUAUGCUGGCUUGCGACCACGAACUAAAAAUACGCUGCGUGGACGCAUCACAUCCUGGGGCUUGUCAUGACUCCUUCAUUUGGAAUGUCAGUGAUCUUAGAAAACAUUGCGAAGAAGAGUUUUCGGGUCAAACAAGAAAUUUUUGGCUUUUAGGUGACGCUGGAUACCCGCUGGAACCGUGGCUCUUGACUCCAUAUAGGACGCCAGAAGAUGGGUCAGCGGAAUUACGCUUCAAUGAAAUUCACUCUAAAUGCCGCAAUAUCAUUGAACGUACAAACGGGGUUUUGAAGAACAGAUGGAGAUGUAUCCUUGGUGCGCGAGAACUUCAUUACACGCCCGAGAAAGCGGCAAAAAUUGUAAAUGUUUGCUGUUGCCUACACAACAUUUGCAUCCAUUUCAAGGUGAAUACGCCCGUGGCUGACCCUGAUGUUAGCGUUGAUGAAAUUGAAUCUAUUUCAAUAAUAUCACAACACAACUUGGAAAUUGCAAGAUCAAUCAGAUGCAGCAUUCGUGAUUCAAUUGCUAACUAAAUACAUGUAUUUCUGGUAACAAUUCAGUUUAUAUUUCCAUACGUAUUUUUUUAGUCAUAAAAAAUUAAAUCAUAGUUCAUAGUUGUUGUACGAGUAUACGUACAGCCCGCGACAAAAGAUACCACAUCAAAAUUUUUAAAGUUUUGUCUAUU